UCCCUGCCGUCAGCAUCCCGCGCGCUCACCUGCCCCGGGACUCUGUCAAACGCGCCACUUGUUUGUUUUUAACGGGAAUCUCAUUGGUCGAGCCCCGCACCUUUGGCACCUCAUAUGGAUUACUGAUAGCGUCUCCUGUCCCGUCGCCGUCUGAGGGAAGUGUGUGCGCCUUGUUUGUUUCACGGCGUUUCCGUCGUUAACGAAGUUCCACAUCCAAGACGGUCGGGACGGCCUGCCUGGAGCGCAGGAGGGGAUUAGAGAAGAGUCACCAGCUCCUCGGAGAUGAAGAGGCAUCACCCUUGUCUUCCUCAGCAGAGCGAUGGACGGAGAGAGAGCAGAGCCGGGGUGUAACUGGCGCCUGCAUGGAGCCCUGAUACACAGGGCAGAGAGCAGGUAAAUGGAGGAGCGGGACAGAAGCCGCUCCCCGUCCCGCAAGACCAGCCGGGUGGAGCAGGUGGUGGGGCGAUGGCUGCGGCGCUCCCGAGAUUUGGGCAGCAGAUCCCACUCUCUGACCAGGGAGAGGGGGUUGUUGGAUGGGAAGACGGCAGAGUGCAGCAGCUCUGAGCAGAGGAAUUACCCCUUCCGUUUCAAUGUCCAGAUCCAUCGGGACCCAAAUCUCAACUCUCAUGGCCUCACUCUCUCCUCCCAGACCCCCAUCCUGGUGCAGGACGUCACCUCAGGUGGUCCUGCAGAUGGCCGGCUCGUCCCUGGCGACCAGCUUGUGAAGAUCAAUAACGUCGCUGUCGAUGACCUGACCCCAGAACAAGCUGCUGAAAUAAUCAGGGAAUGCCAAGACACAGUGACGAUGACAGUCCUCAGGACAAUGAUGGGCCCAAAAUCUUCUUUCAUCACACCAGAGAAGAGGGCCAAGCUCAGGUCCAACCCUGUCAAAGUCCGUUUCGCUGAAGAAGUGGAAGUCAAUGGACACUCUCAGGGCAACGCGUUGCUCUUCCUGCCCAACGUGCUGAAGGUGUAUCUGGAGAACGGACAGACCAAGGCCUUCAAGUUUGAGCCCAGCACCACAGUUAAGGACAUUGUGAUGACGCUGAAGGAGAAGCUUUCUCUGUGCCGUAUCGAACACUUCUCCUUGGUGCUGGAGCAGCAGCACAGUGUCACCAAACUGCUGCUGCUACAUGAUGAGGAAAGGAUACAGCAGGUGGUGCAGAAGAGAGAGGCCCAUGACUACAGGUGUCUGUUCCGUGUCUGCUUCAUGCCCAAAGCCCCCCAGGACCUGCUGCUGGAGGACCCCACCGCCUUCGAGUACCUCUACCUGCAGGGGGUGAACGAUGUGCUACAGGAGCGUUUUGCCGUGGAGAUGCGCUGUAACACUGCCCUGCGUCUUGCUGCCCUGCACAUCCAGGAGAGGCUCGCUAGCUGUGGGCAGUCACCAAAAACCAACCUGAAGAUGAUCACGAAGACUUGGGGCAUAGAAAACUUUGUGUCAUCUACCUUGCUGAGGAACAUGCGGGAGAAAGAUCUGAGGAAGGCCAUUGGCUACCACAUGAAGAAGAGCCAAUCACAGCAGGAUCCCAAGCAGAAGAUCCUGUCAGCCAAUCAAGCACGGAUAAACUACCUGGAGGAGCUGAGCGACCUGAAGUCGUUUGGAGGGAAGUCCUUCAGUGCCACCAUGAUGCUCCAGGACAGGGAGUCGAUGGUGACCUUGUUGGUGGGGGCACGUUAUGGGGUGAGCCAGGUGGUCAACCACAAGCUGAGUAUCAUGACCACCCUCACAGAGUUCAGCAGCAUCACGCGCAUUGAGCUGCUGCCAGAGUCAGACAAGGUCAGCCUGGUGAAAAUAUACCUGCAAGACAUCAAGCCCAUCACAUUACUUUUGGAGUCAGUGGCGGCCAAGGAUUUGUCCUGUCUAAUAGCAGGGUACUGUCGUGUGUUUGUUGAGCCCAACCUCAACAUCUUUCCCUGGGCUGAAGACUCCAAGAAGCACAGAGUAUCUGCUGAGGAAGGUUAUGUGUCGCGGUGUGGCAGCGAUUCAGACAACUCCUCAGACCUGGACAUGGACCCUCUGGUCACCGUGGUGUCUCAUGAUGACAAACCCCGCCCUCGUAUCCGAUCCUCAUCAGACCCAGACGGAAGGAAACGGAAAGACAGGGAUCGGAAGAGACACAAAGAUAGUAAAGAGAAAGGAGAUAAACCUUGGGGGGUCGCAAAAGAAAAGGAUGCUGACACCGAGAAAGAAAAGUCUCUGCUACUCAAGAAAAGACAGGACAAGCAGGAAGAUGAAGAGCGCAAGGACAAAGCAGAGGAGGAGAAAGGAACAACAACUGAGAGAGCACACGGUUCUGGAGAAAUACAGAUUGAGAUAACGGGCAAUGAGUCAUGUGAAGGAGCGAAAGAAGGGGGUGCAAAAAAGAAGGGGGCAAGCGACAACGAGGGUGGUGGAGAAGAGGGCCAAGCAGCCGAUGAGCAGCCGUCUGCAUCCGAGGCGUCAGAUUCAUGUCGUACUGACUCGCGGGUCGUCACCAGCCCUUCCAGCGACUCCCUUGAUGCACUGGAGGAAGAUGACCUAAUUUCCUGUUCCUCUUCCGCCAUCCAUCCUCACCCUGACAGUCACCUUCAUUCUUCAUCGCUUCAUCCUUACCCCCAAACACACCCUAACCCCCACCUCCUCGCCCCUCCUCCUGCUCACUCCCACCCCUUUACCCAUCUCACAGGUAGCUCCACAAAUGAUGACAGGCUGGGCGACAGACAAGGACAAGGGAAGGGAGGAGGAGGGUGCAGGGGGGCAGGCGACGGAGCUGACCCCCACCUCCUACCUCCCAUCUCCUCCACCGGGAGUCUUGACAACAUGGAAACAUGUGCAGUCAACCCCCAUCCCGAUGACAACUCCCUGUGUUUUGCUGAGCUCUCCCGCCUCGUGGACUACCUGCCCAGUCCUCCAGAGGCCAGUGAGGAAGAGGAUGAUGAAGAGGAGGAACUGAGGAGGAGGAGGAUGUUGAACGAGAUGGAUGGGUCAGUGAGAAAAGUGGGUGAAGGCGGCGGAGCAAGCGGGGAGGGUAGUUUCGCACAACACCUGUUGUCCCCUUCCCCGUCCUCGCCCUCCUCCCGCGUGGAUUUUGUGUUUAACUUCGACCAGAGCGAUGCGCGCUGCUACUACAAACUCUGCUCCAAUGUUACACCUGACAGUGCUCGCAGCCUUCCCCGGCCCCUGCCUCACGCUGAGGGAGAAGAGGUAGAGGGGGAGGUGAAGGCAGAGCCAGAGGAGGAGGGAGGUCAGGCCAAAGCUGCAGUCGUGGAGCCUCUCCCCAUCCUUCACCCACCGCCUGGUUUUGGAGACAGCAGCUCUGACGAGGAGUUCUUCGAUGCCAGAGAUCACCUCACCUCACCUGAAGACCCGACCUCAGGGGCUGUGCCGAGAGAUUUUUCCACAGAGAUGAAACUGGACCUCCUAAGUAGGCUUAGCCUUAGUGACAUUGCCAUCUCUGUAGCAGAGGCAGAAGGGGAAGGAACAGAAACAGAAGACAUAAAGAAAGGAGAAGAAGAAGGAGGAGGGAGAGAAACAUUGUUCCAGCUCAGGAAGAGAUCUCGCAAGAGGAGGUCCUUCAUGGAAACUGAUUUCACCUCCAGGGUGUCAUACCCGGAGCCAGAUGUAGAUUCCAACCAGGAUAUGGUCUCAAACAGGCUUCACUGGAAACUUUUAGCACAAGCCGACGAUGGCCAGAUGCUCAGUUCAGAUCCAGAACCUUCAGAACAAACCCAAAACCCCUGUCCCACUGUCUCCUCCCUUACUCACUCUGAAGGGGAACCAGCCCAGCUUGAGUCAAAGCCCAUCCUGUCCAAACCCCGUCUCCAUGGGGCUGGGUCUCAGGAGCAGAACAGAGACCUAGGAGCUCCCUCCAGAGCCAAGAAGCAGGAGAUGGAGAUGGAACCUGAUUCGAUGGAAUACAAAUCAGUCACAGAUCUGGUGGAGGCGGCCUCUCCUUCCAUCACCGUUGUCCGUUGCAGGGUAGAGCCAGACGGGAAGGAAAGUGCUGACCGGAGGGGAGAUGGAAAGGAGGAAGGUGAGGGACAGGGUGAGAUAGGAGAGAGAAAAGGGGAAGGUGACAGAGACGAUCUAACAAGCGUGUCUGGGAAUGGACCAUUCACCAGUCAUAUGUUUUUGCCCGAGAUCAUUGAGGAGGAAGAUAAGGAUGAGGAAACUGGAAAUGAGGGGGUGAGGGAAGUGAGAGAGAACUCAUCCAGUUCAAAGAGACCACUCACAGGUGCUCAAAAGCAGCUAGAAGCUAACACAUUGGCUUUGUGUUUGAUACAGUUGAAUAUCAAGGGAAGCAAUGUUCGUAACAAAUCCCGACUAAGAAACCGAGAGCAAAGUUUAUAUGGACAGGAAUACAUGUCAGGGGAACUUGUGGAUGACGAUUUAAAGCCUCUGUCAUACUCACCACCACCCCCUCCACCCACCUCCCCUGUGCCUCCAUUGCCAGUUCUUCUCAAAUCCAACCCUGACACAGUGAGGGGAGAAGGAGACAGUGAGGACAUGGAAACCUCAUCCAAAAUGUCCUCUCCUAACCAUGAAGAAAGCGGUGAAGGCCAAAGUCCAGAGCUGCCAAGUAGUAAUCACAUCUACACUAACAAAGCACGAAUAGACUUUGAACUCCAAACCAAUGUUAAGGAGGAUGAUACAAUUAGUAUUGUUAGUACCAGGACAGCUAGUGACAGCAUCAAUUCUGACAGUGUUUUUGAUGAUGAUGAAGCGAGUAAUUCUUUAAAUGCAAGUUUGAGUGAUAAGAGAGCCGAGGGCAGCAGUGAUUCCACCACAGUUACAAAUAGCAUCAGUGCUAAUACAGGUACAGAAGGUAAUGUUGAGACCCAAACUGGUGCUCAGUGUCUUACUAUCAUAAACACUAACAGUGAAGCUCACACUAGCUCACAUUCUGGUGCAAGAAUUCACUCUGUUAAUUCUGAUUAUGCUCAUACUAUAAAUUCUAUCACAGCAAAGCUUGGAGCUGCAACAAGUGUUACAUCUCCUACAUUUAAUUCGGGCAUUACGUUAAAUAAAGAGGCUACAAGUAAAAUUGCCCCAUGCUCUAGUCAAAAUGUAGAUACACCCAAGAGUGAUUCCAUUAUCCUAGGUGUUGAGGCUAGCUCUAAGAAUAGUUCAGCCAAAGUUAAUGUUGAAACUACAGCUAAAGACAGUUUUGCCACUCCUGGUGUUAGUUUAGCAAAGGCAAACACGGCCAAAAUCCAUAAUAUCUCGAAACAGCCUCCUUCUCCAACUCACUUCCUGUUCCAGACAUGCUCUCCCAGCAUCAUGGGCCGCUUAUCAGCCUCCACACUUAGAGGCAAGAUUCAAAAGCUGCCCCUUUAUUUAUCUCGCUCCCAGGAAACCCUCAACCAAGUUGGGGUUGAGAGUAAAACCCCGUGUCCGACUGAAGACAUCAGCAGGGAUGAUACAGACAUCACCAUCAAAAUUACAGACGUUCAUGAUGUCACAAAAACAGUGGACCUUGAAACAGUCACAGAUCCAGAAGCACCAGAAUCAGAUGACUCUGAUGCAACAGUUACAGGCUCAGAUGUGGAGGGUGACCUUGUCGUGAAAACGACCACAGCUGAGAUUGCUCGUUCAGCGGUAUCAGAAGUGAAGGAAGUGAAGGAGAGGGUGGCGAUGGUCUCUGAAAGACCACCAUUGCCUGUCCAGACUGAACCCAAACCAGCGCACCAAAGUCAGCCUCUGUCUCCUGGGCUUAACAACGACACACCAGGACCAAUAAUACAGCCUCCAAGCUCCAUAGUGGGCAACCUAGACUUCCAAAGAGAUACCCCAGGUCCAAAGAUGGACACUCCUGGCCCUAUAAAAGAGGCUCCAGAAUCAAAGAGGACACUCACAGGCCCAAGAACAGAAAUUUCAGGUUAUAAAAUGGAUAAUCAGUCACCUUACACACCCCCUCCAAUAGUGGUGACCACACAGAAUCUAAAUGGACCAGGAGUCUCUUUUCAUAAUCAGUCAGAGAAAGUAAGAAGGACCAGUAGCGACAGGCCCCUAAUGGGCCUCUGUAGGCCUACAGGAGAGAAGUCAGACUCACUGAAAGCACUUUCCUCAGGCUGUGGGGUGUUUGCUAUCUGUGAGGAACCGUCACAGACAAAGACUGCAGCCCAGAUGGGGUCUACCUCACCCUUGAAGCCUGGUUAUGGCUGCAGUUCUGUGCUGGCGUCUGGGUGUGAAUCAGUAGUGGAGGGGAUACAGGUACCAGUGGAUGCUUGUAGUUGCCCAGCGGCCUAUACCAACUGCUUCAGUGGAGGGGACAGUUUCGAUGAUGAGCUGACAGUCUAUGAGUUCUCUUGCCGCACACAGAUCAGCGAUGUGACCCAAACUUCUGGAGCAGGUCUUCCUCUUAUGACAACUCCCCCUGGUCCUUCUUUUCUCUCCUCCUCCCCAACCUUUCCCCCCUCCUCCCUCUCUCCCUCCUUUCCACGAUCUGUCCUUUUUUCCUCUACUGCCUCGGAGCUCAGCCCUCUCCUAUCUCCGCUGUCUGAAGCCUCUGACUGCUUACUGUCUCAAACGCACAAAGACACCAUCAACAGGCUAAGCCAGCAGCGAUACCCAGAGCCCCCCGCAGGCUUCCAAAUACUCCGUGGUGACGUGGAUCAACUCAUCUCCAUCCUGGAAGGGGGAGGCUCUGACCGGUCUGGGGGAGGUCGUGGUGGCCGCCACCCCAGAGACACCUGCCCUGCACACUUUACAGAGAACAAGCAGGUGCUUCAUAUAGAGGCGCGGCAGCUAAUGGCAAGCUGCCAGAAAGUGGUGGGAGUGGGGCAGACCCCAGAGGAAAUGCUCCUCUUCCUAGCUGACAGUUUCCGGACCCUGGUGGAGCUGGCAGGGGUGUGCCUCUGGUUCUCUGGCUGUGACCGGUGUGACCGGAGGAAUGCAGAGGCAGUUGCAGGUCUUGCAGAUGUUGCACGUUCGUUCAGGGACUUUUGUCUGGCAGCAGAGCGUGCCAGUGGCAAGCGGAGCUGCCAGGACCUGAGCACGAAGCUGCUAGCCAAACAGUGCACGGCGCUCACUGCAUCCGUCUUCUGCCUCACACAGGUGUUCCGCACCCUCACUGCACUAUGAGUGGACCAUGGCAUCAAAAGCUUUUAAAAUGACCUUGAAACCACCUCUGAUCUCUGUCUUCAGCUACAUGGGAUUAACAGGAAGACAGCAGCCACUGUACGUGUGGGCAGUUUGACCUGGAAUAGCUGACAUGUUAGAGGGGCUGUAAACAGUGAGGUGAUUUUACCUUGGAGACAUGCUCGUGCAACAGAGCUCCAUGAUAGCUCACAUGAUCACAACGACUCUCUGAUAUUUAAGAGCAAAUUCUUGAUAUCAUAAAUCACCAGGGAGAGAUCUCAGUGCCCUUUUAUGCAGUUUAAGUUAACUUAGCUGGGCAUAGAUUGGUGAGGUGCAUGUGGUUACCAACUGUAUGCUGUGCACAUACUGUAGUCCACAAACACUCAAAUCAGCCAACCACUGGACUUUAGACUGAAAUAACGUUGCAAGUUGCAAAAGGAGAACCUGCCUGCAUUCCAGUAUUGAGGAACUGAUAUACUUGAAUGUAUUCUAUGUUAUUUAUUAUGUUUUAUUAAUUUAUCAUAUUCAUAUGUUAUUUGUUUGAUGAUUACUGCAGUGUGUUAAUGUGCAAGUGAGGAAUGUAAAGACAGGGAAACAAGAAUUUCAGGAAUGUUUACAGGCAUAGUUGUAGAUUGUGGGAAAGAGGUGUACCAGAUUAGUAGACCCUUGACACACAGACACACACACACACACACACACACACACAGAGUCAUCACUGGAUCAUCCAGUUUUAUAAGCCUUUUGUUUGACUGACUGGUCAUUCUAAGAUGACUAAAAUUUGUGUUUGCACCUCUGACCUUCUGGCAUGAUAUGAAGCAGUCCUGUUUACUGAUGCUUUCAUCUUUUUCAUACAUCAGUCAUUUGCCAGGCUAUCAAUGAGGAGCUUUCUGAAUGUUUUUGAUUGUUUACAAAACCAAAAAAAAAAAAGAGAGCAAGAAAUGACGCAUUUGAUGAAAUCAAGUCAGGUCCCAUUUCUGUUUCACACUAUUGGUAUGGACUGAAGAAUACAGUUUAAGUGUGAUGUGCUAUAAUAUGAUAUGAUUUGAGUUGAUUAUGUAGUGUUAGGAUCAUGAAAGCCUAAAGCUGAGUUUUGCAUUUUAUAAAUCAAGUAGCAGAAUGCUGAUGUAUGCGCACUGUAUGACUUUUUGAAACAACUGUUACGGUUGGGGUCAUUCUCACAUUAACUUUUUUUUGUCAUUUUGCAGAGACAUUUGGUAUAAUUUAUGGAGAAACAAUACAUUUGCUUGCUUUUCUCUUGUUUGCCAGCUCUCCAACACUCAUAUAGACGAUUGCCCAGUUCAAAUACCGUACCUCCAGUGAACGCUCCAGUGGAUGAUCGUAUGGCUGUCAAUCACUGGCUGUCUUUUGUUUUCCUGAAUGUAUUUUUUCUGUUUAGUUAUUUGCACCAAGAGCAAAAAUCUAAGUUCUCAUAUUAACUUGGUGAAGAAAAGCAGCAAGGCAUUUAGUUAAUCAGAGCAUAACAUGAUAUAAACAUUUCAUAGUAGGGAGAGACAAAUCAAGGGAAAAGGGAGUACAGAGAGUGAAGAGACAGUGUCACAAUCCAAAAAAAAAAAAAAAAAAAAAAAAAAUCAAACCUUCUACAGUUUCCGCUAGAUUUGUCCUCCAUUUUCAGCAGAAGGGACUUUUAGUACUUUAGGAUACACCGUCCCCCAAAUUAAAAAAACAGAAUUAGCUUUCCCUUCAUGGCCUUAUACAUAGUGGUAUGCCAGUGAUUGAGCCUGCACACAGGUAGCCAGCCAGCUCAGGAAUAUACUAUAGAAUAAUGAGUUUAUCUGCAGAUGCUUUGUCUGCCCUUGAACUACACAGUGUGUGGGAGGGUCUCAGAGAAACGUCCACCAAUUCAAACUGUUCCAGUCACUGGUUGAAGGCCAGUCAUUGGAGUUCCUCAUAACUCAUCACAACCACACCAUAACUGAGAUUUACGUUGGUUGUAUUGCUCCAGUUUCACUUGGAAUGUUUUUUAAAAGAGAGAGAAUUGACACUCAUUUGACCUGCAUGUUCACCGACGGAAAUUAAACACUGAAAAUCACCAUUCUACAGUGACUGGGAGCACCUCAUAUUACAGACAAUACUUCAGUAUAUGUUUUGAAUGGCAACAGUGGCGAAAAACCUUUAUUUUUCAAAUUUUACUAUGUUUACAUGUUUUGCUUCCUUUAGUUUCACAGAAUUUACUUCCCUGUGUUGCAUUCCCAAAUUGCAGAAAGGAAAUUAAAUACUUCUCACAGAGUCUCCAUGAGGAUGUUGCCCCAAAGGCUGGAAAAUGUUUUGUUUGUUUGUUUGGUUGUUAAUUUUUUAAUCAUCAUCUGUGCUCACAAAGCAUGCGUUAAUAAUAAGCCAUAAAAUGCAUUGUUGUUUUAUCAGGGAUUUUAUCUGUGAAUGACUGCUGUGAAUGAUCUGCUCUUGCUUUGUAAUGCUCAUCUCCCACCUAUUAAAAACAAUGUAAAGAUUU